AUGUCUGAAAAUAUCUAAAAUAGAGUCUCUUCAAUCUUUGAAAAAUUAAAUAACAUUUCCACUAGUGUUCAGGAUGAGUAAUAAAUAGUUUUGAAUUUUUAGAAAAAACAAUCGUUUUCAUGCAAUUAGUUAAUUGAUCAUGGCUUUUGAGGCACAAUUGCAACAUUAGUCAGAUCAAAAAGAAGAGAAGUUCGUUUAUAAAGCAGCCAAAGUCAGACAGAUAACUGAAUUUUUAGAAUAAGAAUAAAGAAGUAAUUAGAAUGAUUAUAAAUUAAGUCGUGAAAGACAAGAAACAGAAACUUUUAAAUUAAUUACAGACUUAGAAAGACAUGUAAGAAGGUUGAUUGAAUAAAACUCUAAAGAGAGAGUAGAAUAAGAAAAAAAAAUUAUUUAUUCAAUUGGAUAAUAAAUAGAGUCCUUAUAAUAGGAUGUAAUUAAGGAACGAAUAGUAUUAAUUGUGUUAAUUUAGGCAUAAUCAACAUCACAUGAAUAUAUUGAUUCAUUUUUGAAUGAAGAAUUACCAAAAAUAGCAGAUGAAUUGUAAAAUGAAAUCACAGAAAGAAAGGAUGUAGAGGAAAAAAUUUAUCAUUAAUUCGUUGAACAGUUGAAUGAUUUAAGAUUGCUAUUUGAAAAGUAAUUCUAAUGUACACAUUUAUAGAGAAAAAAAAGAAAGAGAAAUUAAAGAGGAAGAGAUUAUUGAGAAUUUACGAGAGAUAUCGAAUAGAAUCCAAGAUUAAUUGAGAAAGACUAGAGGAGAAAGGGAAAGGACAAAGGAAACAUUAGUGACAUUAGUAGAAAAAGUUAUUGAAAAACUUAAAAGAGAAAUGUUAGAAAUGAAUUUAUGA